AUGCCAUCUGACGUAGCUUCGAGCACCGGGUUGCCCACCCCGUGGACCGUCAGGUACAGUAAGUCCAAGAAAAGAGAGUAUUUUUUCAAUCCAGAGACGAAGCACUCUCAAUGGGAGGAGCCUGAGGGCACCGACAAGGACCAGCUAUCCGAGUACUUAAGAGAUCAUCCAGUACGUGUUAGAUGUUUGCACAUCCUCAUCAAGCACAAGGAUUCAAGAAGACCCGCAUCGCAUAGGUCCGAGAACAUUACGAUAUCCAAACAAGAAGCUACGGACGAAUUGAAGACCUUGAUCACGAGGUUGGAUGACGACUCUAAGACGAACUCUUUCGAGGCCCUGGCUAAAGAGAGAUCCGACUGCUCUUCAUACAAGAGAGGCGGCGAUCUAGGUUGGUUUGGGAGGGGCGAGAUGCAGCCCAGCUUUGAAGACGCCGCCUUCCAACUCAAUGUCGGGGAGGUAAGCGAUAUUGUCGAAUCGGGAAGCGGUGUUCAUGUGAUCAAGCGUGUAUGUUAG